AAUAUGGGCCUACCCAGUGAGAUCCAGACGGCGCGGUGCCACGAGACGUUCAGGUUCGGCAGCGACGAGACCGCGACGGCGAAGCAGCAGGUGGCCUUCCCUGUUUGGGUGAAGAGCGCGAAGGAGCAGAUCGCGGUCUACCUCGUUCCAGGUCGAGUGUCUCUGCUCGUGGCAAGGCCCUGUCUCGAGGAGUGGGGCAUGGUGGCCGACUACCGCAACGAGGAGGUGAUGUAUCUGGGUGCUCAGCCGCAGAAGUGGAUCGACAUGGAGACGAAUGGGGAAGGUGGAAAGGAAAGCGAGAAAGAGGCGGACUUCUUUGUGACCAGCAGUUACGGCGACGCCGAGAUCGAGCACGCGGAGACCGUGAAGUUCGAUGCGAAGGAGCUGGAGGAUUGGCGCGGCGAAGUCAAGGCGGAGAAGUUCACGUUGGAGACCGGCUGGGUCUUCAUGAACGGCUCGCGUCGCGAGGCAUUCAUGCGGGGGCCGGCAAAGAAGAGGCCGGAAGAAGUAUUGGUGGCGCCGCCGUGCGCUUCAUGGUCUACGAUCGGCGCGCUGGCAGAAGCAAACAAGAGCAGCGAAUGCCGACUGCAGCAACGGGGAGAGCGUGCCAAGCAGCAGCGCGAAUUCCUGAAGUUCAGUCGGGAUAUCCAGGAGGCGCAGCAGCAGGCGCAGAGGCACGCGCAUAUAGAACACCCUCGAUACGCGACAUCAUGGGAGGCUGGGGCGUGGUGCGGGAUGACGGGCUACGACACAUUCGUGGACCAGUGCGCCUACGGACUCAUGGCGCUGGAUUCUGCAGGUCGAAGGCUCGGGCCGAUCAGGAAGCCGACCAACUUGAGGACCGCGAAGAUGCAGAUGCACGAUGGGCUCUGGAAGACAUGCGGCUGUAAGGGGAAUCUUGUGAUUCUCGAGGGUGGACACCGCGCGCGCGGC